GCGCGAACUGUUGCGCAGUUUGUCACUUGUUUUAAACAUUAACAUAAAGCUGUUAUAUAUGUGUUAAUUUAUUUAUUUUCAUUGUGUUAUUUAUCAUAUCUUAAGUGCUGUGUGUAUUUAUCGAAAAAUACUUAUUAUAUACAUAUAUGACAAUUUUGACUAUUCUAUCGAAUCGUGGUAGAGGUUAUGCUGUGAAAAUGUGGGAAUGACGUGAAUUUUCGUUUUUGUCAAUAACAAUUACAAUUAAGAAAUUUGAAAGAGAAUAAUUUCAUAAUAAUGGAUCUCGCUGCGACACAAAUAUAUGAUGAAGAAGAGAUCGAGUGCACUCAAAGAAUUUCUCCAACUUUAGAGGGAAAAAAUUCAGUACAGAUACAGGUUGGGGUAUUAAGUAUUGAUUCCACUGAAUAUGAAAUUAAGAGUGGGACCACAAAAAUUGGUAGGCAAGGUAUCUGUGACAUUUGUAUCGAUAAUGCGAUGGUGUCAAAUAUACAUGCGGAGAUCGAAGCUGACGGAGGUCAAGGUUCAACAUGGAUCUGCGAUUUGCAGUCCAAAAACAAAACGAAGCUUAAUAAUUUAGAAUUGCGCCCGAAUCGUAUGUAUGAAUUGAGAGAUGGAAGUGUCAUUGAAUUUGGUAAAGUGCGUGCCGUUUACCGCACUUAUCGUCCAAUGCACGACGUAGUGAUACCGGAAACACCCGUACCAACACUGCGAAACGUUGCUAGAUCAAUAAUUCCGAACACCCCGGAUUCAUCCAUUAACAAUUCAUCUUCGAACGACGACGGAUCCGUCAUCCUCGGAACACAAACGGAGAAGGGAAGUAAUGUCUUUCGACGGCCGCUGCUUCCGCAGCAACAUCAAUCAACGAGCAUCGAUAAAAAGAAUACUUCUUGUGGCGUCUCUAGGAGCGAAAGCGACGAUUCGCAAAUUGAUUUUCGAUUGCAUGUAUCUGCUAACGACAGUAGCGGACGGACCGGUGGAGUUAGCAUAUUUGAUAUGGAAACGCAGAAAAACGAGGAAAGCCGUAAGGCAGUAGCAUCGAGCUCUAUCCAUGACAUGGAGACGCAAAAUGUAUCUACGAACGUGUCUAAAUAUUCCGAAACGCAUGCCACGACUGAUAAGCCGUUAAAAUUCGACCUCCGCGAUAAAAUGACUGGAAGUUACGCGGUAGAUAUCAGCGAUAUGGAAACGCAAAUUUACAUGAAUGCUAAUGAGCAACGGCGUGCUGAAAAUAGCGAGUCCGAUGCAGCGGCGAAGAAAUCCACGACGAAUAUUCACGAUCUGGAAACACAGAAUUACAUCAUCGUUAUCGCUGGAAAUACUCGGGAUGCACCUGCGAAGAAAUGCACAACGAGUAUUCACGAUCUAGAGACGCGGGAUAACCUCGUGGAUGCCGCUAAAAUAAGCAGCGUGACUCGGAAAGCAGCGAACGAUAAGACCAAGUCUCGCACAGCGGAUAUGGAUCGAAUUGAGCGCGAUAUUCACGACUUGGAGACGCAAAAGCUCGACAAUGAGCGUACUGUCGAAGAUAUAAGCGAUAUGGAAACUCAGAUAGCGGCAAGUCGCGCUGAUAAAAAGGACGGGAAUGAGAAUAGUGAUGCGCCUGUUAAGAGUAACACGAAUUCCAGAGCCAGUAGUCCGGGACUCUUGUAUUUAUCCUCGCCGGGAAUCAACGAGGACUGUCCGUCGUCGCCGUUAAACCAGAGCGUUCAUGUGCUCGAGUCGUCGAAUUUACUGGAGUACUUCGGCGAGGGGAUCGAUCAACCAGAAGGAAUACAACAGCAUAACGCGUCCACGCCGAAGCCGUGCUCGAAAACGUUGCACAAGAAUACAGGAAGUACAGACGCAUCGGACAACGGAAACGAUAACGAGAUAAAUAACAUUCACGACCUUCCCACUCAACGUAACGACAGCAGCUCGAGAAUCUAUUCGUCGGACGAUUCGGAAACUAACGUAAAGAAGGAGGUUGUAAAGCGCAAGGUUUCGAAGAAGGCACGCAAGAAAUCUCAACCGAAACAAAUCAAGGACGAUUCGGAAACGGACGCUGAGGAGUAUUUGGAGGAACUUGCCAGAAAGCAGAGUGGAUCUUCGAAUAAAAUGCGCGACGGGGAAAAUAGAAACGAUUCUGACGCGACUGUCGAUUCCGACGAUAUAUUCGAUAUGCUCACGCAACCAUCGAAUGAUCAUUCUGCUAAGAACACGAAUUCGAAUUUGCCGACCAACCAACCGUCGAAAACUAUCAUAAGCGAUGCAGUUGCCGACGACACCAUGGCGGCAACGCAGAAGGCAGAAGACAAGUGCGGUCGGGAUGACCGAUCGCAUAUAUCUUCGGCGGACGACGCAGCUCAGCUUCUUUUGCCGCGUAAAGCUUCUCCGAAGGCUACGGUUAAUUCCAAGGAGCCUUUGGUGAAAAACAAUCGGAAUGACGCGAAAGAUACGGCACCUACGCACGUUGUACAUGUAAACAUCGAUACAUUUGACGCGAUCGAAUCAGAUAAUCGUUGUCGUUCGUCGCCGAAUCUCGAUUGCGAAGAUCUGAAUUACGAGACUGCACCCACUCAAGUGAUCGGCGAAGUCGCUGCGGAGAGAAAUCCGACGAGCAGGACUUCCGAAAGCGGCGUGAAAGCUGCCGAAUCUGCGAAGGUGGACUUGAAUGACACCUUGGAGCGAAAUCUCGAGGAAAUGUUCGAGGAUGUGAAUAACGAUAGCAUUCACGAGGGCCCGUUGAUGUCGACUCAAUGCUUGGAGGAUAUGCUACAGUCCUCGGGAUACGAUGAAGACUUGGCCUCUAAAAAUGAAAUCAUCGUGAACGAGCAAGCGUCCUCGGCUGAUACGUCGUCGAAGUCGGGAAGGAAAAGCAAUCGGUUCUCACGCAUCGUAAAGGCGAGCGAGGUAAAGAAAAAUAAUGCGGACGAGACCGAUUCGCAAAACUCGGAUGCUUAUUUUGCUGGCAUUACUUCGAAACGAAAGAGAAAUAUUAUAAAGGAUACCCAGGAUCUGAUAGAUUCCGCGGAGGCCUUGAUAUCCUCUUGCGAAGUUCCCGACUCCCCGCGGAAGUCUAAAGAGAAGGCUAAGGACGAGGCUAAGAGCAGCGUGCCUGCGAAAUCUGACAAAGGGGUAAAGAAGAUCGCGAAAUCUAAGAGUCAAGCCGGUGACGUUUCGACCGACAAGGAUACCGUAAGCAGGACUACCUCGGGCGAGAAAAGAACCGUUCAAAAGACAAAGCUGGUGAAACAGGAAGACGGGACUUUCGCGUUGGAAACGAGGGAGAGAAAAGUCCCGGGGAAAGAUUCCUGCGAGGUUGACGUCGAUCACACAGUGGGAAACAUUGCGAGCGGUCCCGGCGUUCGCGCACCUUGCCCGUCAAGUAGCAGGCAAGAUGAGUCGAGUGUAUUGUACGUGAGUGACGACGACAUCCUAACGCGCUUGCCCGCUGUUAGGAUAUCGGGCACUCUCUCCAAUCCGCCGAGUCCUUCUGCGUCGUCGACGUCGACCGUGCGCAGCGUCAGGUCUAAGCGUGGCGUCGCGAAAGGUAGCGGAAAAGACGGGCCGACGAGAAGUAAAUCACUGCGCAAACGGAACGAGCCGAGUCGUGCGAUUAACGAGUUACCGUCGGAUGACAAUCACUCCUCAAAUGUUAAUCUUGAGACCCUGACAAACAACAAGAAGUCAGAAUCUGCGAACAACUCGGAGGAUUCAGACAGCGCGACGAGUUACAGACGAUUCAAACAGAUAGCAGAUAGAAUGUUCGGUACGCAGAGUCAUCAGAAGAAGCGAGAUGAAGGAAACUCACCGGACUCGAGCAAGGUAUCUAUCGUGUCUGUUAAGAAGAAAGGCAUAGGUUCUCCUUCACCCGCCGGCUCGAAGCACAAUUCCGGCUUGGAAGAGUCGGGAAAUCCUGUACAAACUAAUUCAACGCGCUGCUCGGACAAACUCGAACAGAGUAACAGAGUGACUCGGGCGAAGAGCGCGACUGGCAAGCCGGAAACGAGGGCUGCAGCCAAUAGGAAGAGGGGUCUCAAAACGACCGAGGCGUGCGCAGGGCAGACCGAUUCGAAGAAACGCAAAGCUGACGAUCCAGUUACCGAAGUUCCGGCUUCUAGACGUUCUAAAAGAGCUACCGCGAGCACUGCUCGAGCAGACAAGCAUUCGCCGAGUACGAUUGAGGAAAUGGAAGCUGGUACGCGCGAGAAUUCCCCGGUGAUCGGCGAGUCUUCCUUAAGUCGCAAGGCAGCAGCUUCGGGAACGGAGGAGAAUGUCGAGGCCGCGGGAUCCAGCGUUACGCGAAACAGACGUAAAGUUAACAACAGCCAGCCAGCCAAGUCAACUAUGGAUGGAAAUAGCAAUAGAGAUAAACGAGCGCAAAAGAAGAGGAAGGAAAUUUUGGCGGUUGGGGCACAGGAUAAGACGCUAAAGAUUGUGCUGAAUCCGAUCAUCGUAGACGAGGAGUCGCGAGAGGUGGAGAUGAUCAUGACGAGGAAACCUCCGGGCGAUAUGCGGGAUGAUAACUUAUCGAUCAGAGAGGGGAGCAACGUCAGUAUAUUGCGAAGGGCAUCGAUAAUUAGUAGGAAACGAGCCAACACGAUAGCUGAUACGAGCUCCUCGAUUGAAAGCAGCGCGUCCGACACGAGCGAUCGUGAGAGCGUGCAAUCUGACGGCAUCACGUUGAGGAGAUCCAGACGCGGAAGAUCCGCCAAAGACGCCGUCCCUCCGCAGCCAGCCUCGGAGAAGAGCGAUGUUUUCAAGAGACCUGCUCGUGUCAAGCGGUAUUCCACAAAUUCGAACGUCGUCGUAGGAAGUGCGACGAUCGAUGAUAUUCGAGACAGUUCGGGGAGUGACGCUCCCUUGAACAUCAGACUUUCGAGGUCGAAAACAGCCGGCGUUAAGAACACGUGGGAGGUCCGGAUGAACGAAGAUACACGUAGUAAGAGUAGAACAGAGAAGAACAGCGUUUCCUCAGCAAUGAACACGAGCGUAAAUUCCUCGUUGCGUGUUUCCACGCCUAGCAGAGCGCGUAGAAGCGCGUCGUCGAUGAGCGUUUCCUCACCGUCCGCAGCGAAGCACAGGAUUUUGUUCACGGGUAUAACGGAGGAUAAGUACAGUAAAGUUGUUAAAACGUUAGGUGGAUGCAAGGUGGACGAACCGGACAAAUGCACCGUUUUGGUCACCGAUAAAAUUCGCCGGACGUACAAAUUCCUAUGCGCGCUUGCGAAAGGUGUGCCCAUAGUGUCGAUCGACUGGCUGAAUAACAGUGAAUCGGAGGCGCAGUUUUUAAACUGGGAGAAUUACAUACUGAAGGAUCCUGCAACGGAAGCCAAAUUCGGAUUUCGAUUGAGGAAGAGUCUUGAUAGAGCCAAGGAGAAAGGGUUACUCGUCGGUUACACGAUCGUGUUGACGCCGAACAUCGCGCCGCCACCCACAGAGGAGUUAAAAGAUAUGGUGAUAUCUUGCGGAGGUAGAGUUCUGUUACGGCCGCCCAAAAUAUGGCCGGAAAAAGCGAUGAUAAUAUCCCGCGUGGAAGAUUUGCCAAACGCGAAAAAGUACCUUGCGAAAGCGCCGAAGACUGUCACUGUACAAUCUACGGAAUUUAUCUUGACUGGUAUCUUGAGGCAGGAAGUGGAUUUUGAUAAGUACAGAUUAACAUAACUUCCUUUCGCAACGAUGCGCAUUGUUGGUAUUGCCAUUAUCCCAUGAUCUGGUUAUCUUGGGUACCAUCUAUAUUAAUUGUUAUUCGCCAGCCAUGUUAACUCAAAAUUUUCUAUAAUAUAUAUAUAUAUAUAAGAAAUAUUUUCUUCGUUUGUACGGUUAGUAUUAGACUUAUAAAAAUGCUAUCGCAUUCCCACACAAAUAAUGGAAGAAAGUACAAUUGGUCCCUAAAUUUUUAUUUUCUACUGGAUCGUCAAUAGUAAGCGUCUUUUCGCUAUUAUCUCUUAAUUACGCGAACGAUGCUGUAUUUUUAUCAAAUUGACAGAACGCAAGAAAAGGUACGUCGAUUAUUUGAAACUUAAACCAGUGUUACUUAUAUAAAUUAUCACGGUUUGCCAUAUUGAUACUUAAUUCUCUACGCUAGAAAUAUUUAUAUCAAGACAUAGGACAACUUUAUAUUGCGUAAAAAAGUUAACGUUACUUUAUAAUACUCAUAUACCAUACAUAGAGCAUUUAUUUACGUAAGAUACGUAUGCGUGAGACGCAAAGAUUAAUUUUGAUAUGAUUAUGUCGAUAUAAUGUACAUUGCGAGUUUAUAUUUCAAUAAAACGACAAAAGGAGAACGAAAGGAGAAAUAACCAGCUCCGUUGACACAGAUGGAUAAUAAUGGGGAAGAAACAAUACGCCACACUGAAU